AAUGAUGUCCUCGCUAGGAAAGGUCAUCUUGGGUGGCCUGCAGGCGCAAAAACAACUGAUAAGACAAGAAGAGCCCUUCAAGGCAUGACGUCAAGUACCCACUCGAACCAUAUCUCUCCCGUAGUGACCGUGAGGUGACUGUGUGUGAGCCAUGGGUCCGGCGUGGGAACAUCGACGACGAUCGUAACUGAAGUGUUCGGCGGAGCCAGGGCACGAUGAGCGCAGGGUACAAAGACUGACACGUGAUCUACCUGGUGCUUGAAAGAAGUACUGAAGAAAAAGCAAGUACUCGUUCAACCACCCGUCAACACGUGCCAACACAGCGAGGGCUCCCAGGGAGGUCACAUUCUUGCACACGGUUGUAACGCGCAAUAAGAUACCCUGCAUGUGUUGUGCUGCUCAAGUUGUUCAAGGUGUUGUGACUCUUUGCUUUAUUGUACGGAGUUUGUCGUUUCUUCUCAAGAAGAAUGGCUUCAUCGUCUGAACUUGAUCUGAAGAUGGAAAGUUCACAACAAUGGAAGGAGAUCAGGAAGGAAAUGCAUCGAGCCAUAGCGGACAGAGAUGAGACCCGUGUUCUGAAGUGCCUGGAUGCUGUGCCUGCCCUGAAAGUGUGGUUAGACCCCGAUGAAGAUGUCUCUGCUCGCUACAAAGCUAUUGAAGAGAAAGCUUUCCGCAUUCAUGGUCUGCUAGUCUCGCGUGAAUGUCUACUCAAGGACACAGGAGAAUCAUCGUGUUACGAACGUCUCACACCUCUUGGACGAGCUGAAAUUCGACGGCAGCGGUAUUACACCACAGAAUGCGGGGACUCUUACAUCGACUAUCUGAAAAGCAAAUCACGGAGCGUCACCAUAUGUGAUGACUUCAAUGAGCGAUUGGAGAAGAUGUUCAAGCACCUCUCCAGUGACGAAUUAAACAGGAAUAUUCUGAAAGUGGCUGCAACAGCACUGCACCUAGACGUACUAUUCGACUUCGAGAGUGAAAGCGUUCAGCGGACUACGGGAUGCUCGGGUACACACAACCGCGGUCUCACUUUCUACAAAGAACAAAGAGUUUUCGUCGGGGCCAGCACUGAAGAAGCAGAAACCCGCGGGACGCUCAUUCACGAGUUAUGUCACGUGGCGCUUUGCCUAGUGUAUAAUAAUGAUUGCAAGCCUUAUUUCCGAGGGGAUACGGAGAGAGAACAGCAAUAUGGAGCCAUUCUGACUGACAUAAAACGAAGGAAAGAAGAGCUGAAUCUUCUUAUCCAACAAGCAUUCUUCGGAAACGAAGAAGAAGAGCUAAUUGUACGGAUCCCUCACAUACUGGCUCAAUAUGGUUGCGACGAAAGUGAUAGCGUUAUUCAAAGUCAAGUACCGGAACUACGAAAUUUUUUCGAGGAACAUGUCAUCCCGGACAUGCGGGAAUACAUUCAGAAUGGAAUCCCAACCAUAGAUGCAACUAAGAUAGAAAUAGAAAACGCGAGACUCAACAAAGCUUUAAAAACUGGCAAACUCGAAGUCCAAUUCGAGAAACCACUAAAGAAGAGUGUCUGGAAAGAGGGGUCACUUCACGUAAUUACGGGUCCAGAACUGAGGCUUCUCGAAAUAAUGGUUCACAACGCUGUGAAAUCUACGGGAAGGCCAUACUUGUUUUUUGAAGCGAACCAAUAUGACUCCACUCUGCGGGAUGUGUUACUAGACUACAAAUGUGCAUUCGUGCUAGUAUCCGUCCAUCCAAACGAAGACGUCCGAAAGAUCAUUGAACUUCUCAGUGAAGUAUCCUGUGUCACUGGAUCAAAAGUCAUCUUGCUCGUGGAAGACAGUGAGAAAGAAAACUUGAUGAAAAAAGUGCAACAAGAUGCAUUCUUUGCGAAGAGACACAAAGUUCACAUGAUCAUCGAAGCAAGCUUUGAGCAUGUCACGGAUAGCUGCAAAAAAGAAGUUUUCAAAAAUUCUGUCGUAAAACUUCAAGGUCAAUAUGUUUCACGGCUUCCAGAGGCAAUGAAUAUCGACACCUUCUUACACUGCGUAGACACCGCUGUUUUCCUAAAGCUAUGCGAGUCAGAGAGCAUUGAGCUGGGACCUCCUCUUCAUGAACUAGAAGAACGUGUUCAGAACUACUACGUGAAAAGAGAGUGUAGAAGAGCCCUAGAAAUUAACUUGAAAGAAUGCAAUCUAAAAGACGACGGUGAGGCAUUCGCAUUUCUGGGCUGUCCACACAAUCAGGUCGCAACACUUCUACCUCGCGGUUGUGAGGCAAAGGCCAAGAAGGAUUUAAAGAAUUUCGAGAAAUUCGUACUCGUCCAAGAGCCAUGUGACUACGAAGCUCUCCUGGAAGAUGGUCAUUUCCGAGACAAAGUAGUGCACCUGCUAAAGUUCGACGAACCUCGUAAGAGACUCUCGUGGACCAAAUCAAAUGGUCGUCUCAGUCACCUUCCAAUGACGGGAAGUGAGAGUUACACGGAGGACGCGUUGUUAAACGUAAACGAGAAGGUUGUCAUAGUCUCUGGUGCACCAGGUAUGGGAAAGAGUAUGCUGGCAUCUCGGUUGUGCACAGAGUUAAAAAGUCAAGACAAGAAGAGGUGGGUGCUCUACGUCGACCUUCCUCAGAGAAUGGCAGUCUGGGAUAUCUGGCGGAUCUGUGCGAAGUACAAAAAGAUGGGUUGGAGUUUGUCUUGUUCGAGGAAACCUUGAACAAUGAAAGCACUUUCGAAGUUGCUCUCAUCUUAGAUGCGUUCGACGAAAUCAACGAGAAAUGUCGCAAGUGCGUGCUGGAUCUUAUACUGUUUGUGGCUAAGACCAAAGUGUACAAGAUAUACGUUUUUACUCGCAC